UCCUCGGCCUGCUCCUCGGCCUCUUCGUCCUCGUCAUUGUCGUCAUCCCAUUCCUCCUCGCUGGACGGCGGCGGUGAAUCGUCGCUGCUGGACGAUGCAGCUCGCAGCCGCAGGAUCAAGCGGAAGAAGACAGCAAGGUCGGCAAGGGCAAGCCGGGCUUCUCGCCUCUCCAAGCUCACGGCUAAGAGCAAUGUCGCCGCCUCCUCUAGGCCCAAGGCCAAGAGCGUCGCCGGUGGCUUCCUGUCUUGCUUCCACGAGCGCCCGACCCCGAGCUCUGCUUCGCAGAGUAGCCCGACAGAUGCCUCAUCACCCGCUGCCGCGGCCUCCGACAUCGCCCCGCGUCGCCUCUCGGUCGGCAACGACGACGCCGAGGCUGCGGCAGCGGUCGCGCGGCAGCUAUACCGCCGACGCCACUACUCGGUCGGCGGCGAUCGCGACCUCCCGCCGCUCAGACACCUCACCCUGUUCUCCCGAUCCUCCUCCCCGCCGGUGCGUGCGCCAGCGACCCCUCGAACCACCGGGUCGACGCCAAUGCCGUCGUCGCCACCGUCCGACACGGACGACGAGAAGCGGCCGCGGAGCCGCCAGCGCCGUUGCCGAGGAAGCCGGCGGCGGUCCUUCACCGGAGGGACACCGCGCGCGAGGCUGGCGGCGGUGCGCGUCCGGUCGCCACGCUGCGCCGCGGCGGCCGUGUCGGGGCUGGAGAGGUUCGCGGUGGUGCGGCGGACGAGCGACCCACAGCGGGAGUUCCGCGACUCCAUGGUGGAGAUGAUCGCCAGCAGGCGUAUUGGGCGGCCGGAGGAGCUGGAGACGCUCCUCGCGUGCUACCUCUCGCUAAACGCCGACGAGCACCACGACUGCAUCGUUAAGGUGUUCCGCCAGGUCUGGUUCGACCUCAAGCUCAACCCUGCCCGCGUCGCCGCCGCCGCCGCCGCCGCCGGACGGCUUUAA